AGUGGAAGGGACAAAAGAAGCAGAGAGGAGGAAGUGCAGGGAUGGUUCUGGAAUUCGAUCCCGCCUUCAUCCAAGCCCCCGAGCACCGCCCCAAGCCCGCCGUCACCGAGGCCGGCGGCAUCCCCCUCAUCGACCUCUCCCCUCUCCACCUCCUCGAACAACACGGGGGACCACUCGUGGCGGGGUUGGAGGUGCUGGUGGCGCAGGUGGAGGCGGCUUGCCGUGACUGGGGCUUCUUCCAGGUGAUCAACCAUGGGGUGCCGCUGGCGGUGGUGGAACGAGCGUGGGCCGCGUCGAGGGGGUUCUUCGCGCUGCCGCCGGAGGAGAGGCGGCGUGUGCGGCGGAACGAGGUGAACCCGCUGGGGUACUACGAGGCGGAGAACACCAAGAACGUCCGGGACUGGAAGGAGGUGUUCGACUACGUGGUCCACGAGCCGGCCGACGCUGGUGGAGGCGUCGAUAGGCUGAUCGAGCUCCGCAACCAGUGGCCACAGUUUCCCCAUGGAUUCAGGGAAGCACUUGUUGAGUAUGCUCAGGCCACGGAGGAGUUGGCUUUCAAGCUGCUGGAGCUGAUAUCACUGACCUUGAGCUUGCCGCCAAAGCGACUGCAUGGCUUCUUCAAGGACCAGACCAGCUUAAUCAGGCUCAAUCACUACCCGCCCUGCCCCUCCCCUCACCUCGCCCUCGGCGUUGGCCGCCACAAGGACCCCGGAGCCCUCACCAUUCUCGCUCAGGACGACGUCGGCGGCCUCGACGUCAGGAGGCGGUCCGACGGCGAGUGGAUUCGCGUCAAGCCCAUCCCCAACUCCUUCAUCAUCAACGUCGGUGACAUCGUUCAGGUGUGGAGCAAUGACAAGUACGAGAGUACAGAGCACAGGGUGUCGGUGAACUCCGAGAGGGAGAGGUUCUCCAUACCCUUCUUCUUCAACCCGGCGCACGACGUGAUGGUGAAGCCCUUGGCAGAGCUGGUAGACGAGAAGAACCCGGCCAACUACGAGGAGUACAACUGGGGGGAGUUCUUGAAGACAAGGGCGGCGGGGAACUUCAAGAAGCUGGAUGUGGAGAACAUCCAGAUAUCUCAUUUCAAGAAGGCCAAGUGACGUGGGAAUCUGCAAAUGAAUUAUAAGUAUGCGAAGCAGUAAGAUACCGAUGAAAUAAAAUCUAGUUGAAAUGUGAUGUAUCGAAUGAUAAACUGCAAAAUUGGAGCUGCUAUUAAUAUAAUGCAAGUGAUAUUAGAUAA